ACAAAAUGGCUUCGGAAAUCACCAGUAAAACGUUUUAUUGACAAACAUUUUGAUUUUAUAAGACAGUACAGCAACUUAGCACUGAACACACACGGAUAAGGAUGUCGUCUCCAGAGGUCGAAAGGUUUGAAAUUACAGAAGAUGACAUAGAGAGUAUUUUUGAUCCGACGGCGAGAAGAUUUAGACAGAGUAAAGAACAAGCCAGAUAUGGCAUCUGGGCUGAUAAAGACAGUGAUGAGGAAGAAGAGGUUGCUGGUUUUGGUGGGCGAACUAGAAGAAAGAAAGAUUACUCAGCACCUAUUAGUUUUAUAAGUGGUGGUUUUAAAGCUGAGGCAAAGCUGAAGAAAGAAGAAGAUGAUGAUGGGUCCAAUGAUAGUGAUAGUCAGAGUUCAGCACGGGAAAUGAGUUUCAAACCCAAGAAAGGGCACACAAGUCAAAGAUCAUCAGGGGUACCUCAUUUCUUACAGGGACAUAGACCAGACAAAGAAUUUGGAGGAUGGGAGAAACAUACAAGAGGAAUGGGUCAGAAAUUACUGCAAAAAAUGGGUUAUGUGGCCGGACAAGGUUUAGGUAAAACAGGUCAAGGUAUAACAACACCUGUUGAAGCUGUAAAACGUAAAGGUAAAGGUGCAAUAGCUUAUCAUGGUUCUGAAAGAUCAGAGAGAUCACUUAAAGACUAUCCUGCUGCACACUCUGAUGAAGAUGAAGAAAAAGAAUUUAAGGUGAAAUUACAACAAUGGAAGAGACAGCCAGAGGGUAAAAAGAAACCAAAGUAUAAUUAUAAAACAGCACAAGAGUUAAUAGAUUCUGGUGUUGGUAAAAAACGUAAAGUUAUAGAUAAAACACAAAUGUCUAAAGUCAAGGUUAUUGAUAUGACUGGUAGAGAACAAAGAGUAUUGUCAGGUUAUCAUGCUAUAGCACAACGUCAUGAUAAACCUGAUGAAGAAGAAGAUGUUAUUGAUCUACAGAAUGAAAAUAUACCACGAUCAUUUGAUAUGCCAGAAUUACUCCAUAAUCUGAAUUUAUUAGUUGAUAUGGCUGAAGAAGAUAUAAUACAAAAUGAUAGAAAAUUACGACAUGGACAAGAUCAUAUGGUUAAUAUGAAGUUUGAAAGAGAAAGAUUAGAAACUGUUUGUAACCAAGAAGAAGUUCAAACUGUUAGAUUACAAAAAAUUCUAGAUAUUGUUGAAAGUUGUGAGAAGAGAACUCAAGUUGAUAGUGAUAAUCCCCUAACAUUAGAUGAGUGUGUUGGUAUAUUUAAAUCUUUACAAGAUGAAUAUUAUGAAGAAUAUAAAAUAUAUGAUAUGCCAGCACUGGCUAUCGCUCUUGUCUUUCCUUUGAUGAAGUCUUUCUUCUUAAUAUGGGAUCCUUUAAACAAUCCCAACUAUGGUGUAAAUACUGUUAAACAAUGGAAGAUAUUACUUAGUGAACAAACACAAAAUUAUAAUGAAGACAUUAAUAAUAUGGACACCUAUCAAAGAUUAAUAUGGGAAAUAUGGUUACCUCAUAUCCGACAAACUGUAUUAAAAUGGAAUGUAAGAGAUUGUAUACAUAUGAUAGAUCUAUUAGAUACCUGGACGCCUGUUAUACCAAGCUGGAUUAUACAAAAUAUACUAGAUCAAUUAGUCUUUCCACGUCUUAUGCAAGACGUAGAAGAUUGGAAUCCAUUAACAGAUACAGUACCAAUACAUUCAUGGCUUCAUCCUUGGUUACCAUUAAUGGGAACUAAAUUAGAGCCACUGUAUGGACCAAUAAGACAUAAAUUAGCUAAUGCUCUGACUAGUUGGCAUCCAUCUGAUGUUUCAGCAAAGAUUAUUCUUCAACCAUGGGUUGGUGUUUUCAAACAAGGUCAUACAGAUGCUUUCUUGGUUAAAAAUAUCUUACCUAAACUAGCAAUGGUCUUAACAGAGUUUUCUAUAAAUCCACAUCAGCAAGUUCUAGAUCCGUGGAGAUGGGUGAUGGCAUGGCAAGAUUUAAUGCCCAUUCAGAGUAUGGUGGCAAUGCUUGAUAAAACAUUUUUUCCAAAAUGGCUACAAGUUUUAUGUGGUUGGUUAUCUAAUAUGCCUAAUUUUGAAGAGAUAACCAAAUGGUACAAAGGAUGGAAAUCUCUAUUUCCUGAAUCUUACAUGUCUUAUCCAUGUAUUAAAGAACAUUUUAAUAAAGCUUUAGAGUUAAUGAACCAAGCAGUUUCUGGACACUUUCAACCAGGAGCAAAAGAGAAUAUGGCUUAUUUUACAAUGACAGAACGACGAAAUAUAGGGGCAACUGCUCCACCACCCCCAAAACCGUCAUCAAAUACUGGAGCUGGUCGUGGCAUUAGUAUGUCUAAUGUUGGUAGUUUUAGAGAACUAAUUGAACAGAAGGGAAUGUCUAAAGGUAUUGCUUUAAUACCAGUACCUAAUAAGUUCAGAGAAGGUAAACAAGUAUAUAGAUUUGGUAAUGUGCAGAUAUACUUUGACAGAAAUGUGGUGUUUAUGUUAGAAAAUGGACAAUGGGUUCCAGUGUCUUUACAACAUUUACUAGAUAAUGCUAAGUGACAUUUUAUAAUAAAGACAGUGCUAAGUGUAUAUAAUACAAUCCAUCAUCAUCUUCAUCAGACCAUCAUUAAAGAAUAUGAAAAUCAA